UCCAUAGCGGAGUCCGUGUUAUCUUCGGCCCGUGGCAUGCUCGAGUCAGGGGUCACCAAUGUGGAGCUGGCCAAAGGACUGAUUGUGUCUUACCUGUGAAGGAAAGAGCAAGCAGACUCUACUUCCCAGCCAAACGGAGGAGCGUUUGCCCAGGAAAUAUUCUGCACUCUCUGGCAACUGGAUGGGAAGAAGGAGAAUCUUUGACCUUGGAAAAUGAAGAUGUUGUUGCCAUGGGAACUGUUAAUCCUUCUGUCACUCAAAGAGUGCCUUGCUGAGAAUACACGCCAUGGUCCCGUCUUCACCCAGGAGCCUAGCGACAGUAUUUUCCCAAUGAGCACUGAUGAUAAGCAGGUGUUUAUUAACUGUAAAGCAAAAGGGAACCCACCUCCGCGUUAUAGGUGGAAGGUAGAUGGAAGAGACAUAAACACGGAUUCAGAUCUAAACUACAGCCUUGUAGAGGGGAACCUGCUGAUCAGUAACCCUCAUGUCAUCAAUCACGGAGGAGUGUAUCAGUGCAUUGCCACCAACACAUUCGGGACUGUCGUCAGCAGGGAGGCAAAAGUCCAGUUUGCAUUUCUGCAGAACUUCAGCAGCAAGACGAGGAACACGGUGUCGGUGAGAGAGGGUCAGGCUGUGGUUCUGCUCUGCGGACCCCCGCCCCAUUACGGAGAGAUCAAAUAUUCAUGGGUUUUCAAUGGACAGCGCAACUUCCUGCAGCAGGAUGCUCGUCGUUUCAUUUCUCAGAAGACGGGAAACUUGUACAUAGCCAAAGUUGAAGCAUUGGAUGCAGGGAACUAUACAUGCGCAGUGAGAAACAUGAUGACCAACUCAACAGUGUUCAGCUCUCCAACCCCAGUGGUGGUACGGAGGGACGUAGUGAUGGGUGAAUACGAGCCAAAGAUCGAGGUUCAGUUUCCUGACACCCUUCAUGUCUCCAAAGGAUCGUCAGUGAAACUGGAAUGCUUUGCCUUAGGAAACCCUGUGCCUUCCAUCUCAUGGAGAAGAGCUGAUGGAAACCCACUCCCUGGCAAGAUUAAAAUCAACCACUCCAGUGGGGUUCUGGAAAUUCCAUAUUUUCGCCCAGAGGAUGCUGGCGUGUACGAGUGUGUAGCCGAAAACAGCAGAGGACGAAAUGUUGCCAGAGGGCAACUUAUAUUCCACAGUGCUGAACAUCUGCAGUGGGUCCAGACACUGAAAGAUGCCCAUAUGGCCAUCGAUGCUAACCUGCAGUGGGAAUGUAAAGCCAUUGGCAAACCUAGGCCUACGUACAGAUGGUUGAAGAAUGGUCAGUCACUAAAAGCAGAGGAGAGGAUCCAUUUGGAAGCUGGCAGACUGACCAUACCCAAGAUUAGUCUGUCAGACUCUGGGAUGUAUCAGUGUGUGGCAGAGAAUGAGCUUGGAUCUGUGUAUGCCAGUGCUGAGCUCAAGGUUGUAGCCUCGCCGCCUGACUUCACCCGGCGCCCUGUGAAGAAGUCCACAGUGAUCCAGAGGGGGGGUGAGGUGGUGUUAGAGUGUCGCCCCCACGCUUCUCCCAGGGCCACAAUCUCCUGGUGGAGAGAGGGGGGGAUGCACCUGAAGGACAGUGAGAGACGGACCAUCAUGGAGGAUGGAACUCUUCGUAUCACCAAUAUCUCCAAAUCGGAUGGAGGCAGGUACACAUGUGUGGCCAGAAACCGUUUUGGUACUUCCAGCAGCACAGGGUCACUGGUGGUAAAAGAGCCCACAAAGAUCAUAGUUCCACCCUUGAGCUUGGAUGCCAGCGUGGGACAGAGCAUCGUGUUGCCCUGUGAGGUGUCUAGUGAUUCGUCCCUGAGCCCCAUCUUCAAGUGGUUUUUCAACGGCAAAGCUAUCGACUUCAACAGACAGGAGCACUUUGAGAUGAUUGGAGGAGGAUUUGCGGGUGACCUGAUGGUGAGGAACAUUCAGCUAAAGCAUUCUGGGAAGUAUGUGUGUAUGGUACACACUGAAGUCGACACAGUUUCUGCAGCAGCAGACUUAAUUGUCAGAGGACCUCCUGGGCCCCCCGAGGGCCUGGUUGUGACUGACAUUACUGACACUACUGUGCAACUGUCUUGGGGCUCUGGACCUGACAACCACAGCCCUGUUACUAAGUACAUGGUGCAGGCCAGGACCCCCUUCUCUAUAGGCUGGCAGACUGUGAGGACAGUUCCUGAUUCUGUGCCUGGACAGAUGAUGCAUGCCACAGUGAAAGAGCUGAACCCCUGGGUGGAUUAUGAAUUCAGGGUGGUGGCAAUCAACAGUGUUGGUGUUGGAGAACCCAGCACGCCAUCAAAACAGAUUCGAACCAAAGCAGCAGUUCCCAAGGUUGCGCCGAUUAACGUGAGUGGUGGCGGAGGAGCUCGAGGAGAACUUGUUAUUAUGUGGGAGCCAGUUCCAGAGGAACAGCAGAGCGGAGAGGACUUUGGCUAUGUUGUAGCUUUCCGCCCACUUGGCAGCAGCACCUGGAUCCAGACAGUGCUGGCAUCACCUGACGCAUCCAGAUAUAUUUACAGAAACGACAGCAUCGCACCCCUGUCCCUGUUUGAGGUGACAGUGGGAGUCUACAACAAUAUGGGAGAGGGGCCGUUCAGCCGCGUUGUUAGGGUGUUUUCUGCAGAGGAAGAACCCUCUGAAGCACCUUCGAGAGCGUGGGCCCGUGCGGUGUCAGCCUCAGAGAUCGAGGUGUUCUGGGAACCAGUUCCUCCGAGGUCCAACAGUGAGAAGAUCGUUGCAUAUGAGGUUCUCUUCUGGGAGGGAGGAUUGGAGCAGAGUGAAGCAGACAGAGUGAGGGUUAUCAACUGCACAGCUCUGCUCUCCGGCUUGAAGGGCAGCACACGUUAUCUGAUCUCAGUCAGAGCCCAGAACAGUGCUGGACUUGGACCCUGCAGCCCACCUUUUAAUAUCACCACCAAGAAACCGCCACCAAGUCAGCCUCCAGGGAGUAUUGAAUGGAACCUGACCAACUCUAAGAUCUUUCUAAAUUGGGAACAUGUCAAAGCGAUGGAGAAUGAGUCUGAGGUGACAGGAUACAAGGUUGUGUAUCGCCAGAACUGGCAUGACAGGACCACUGUACUGGAAACCAAUAAGACCAGUUUGGAACUGCAAAUCCCCUCUGGAGAGGACUACCUCAUUGAGAUCAAAGCUCUGACCGAAGGGGGCGAUGGCACCAGCAGCGGUCCCAUCCGCAUACCAAAGAUGUCCAGUCUCAACUCAAAAGGAUUUGUGUUUCCAGUUUCAAUUCAUUUUCCCUCCCUCUUGAUAUUUUCUAUGUUCAUUUUGUAGCUUCUAAUGCCUUUAUAAUCAGCUCUAGACAAAAGAAUGAAAAUAGUGUAAGAUUGUCUUUUAUCUUAUUCCAUCAGAUUUAUGGAAUAAGCAGCAGGAAGUAGAAAUUUUCCAAAGCUGAAUGAUGAAACUAUUCUGACAGGUUGUCAAAUGGCCCACAGAAUCCGUGGCCGGACCGCUACUCACAGGCAACAGCACAAUUACAAAACAUUUUCAUCUGGCAAUUUUCAGGACCACUGCAACCCUCCAGGAUGCAUGCAUUUGAUAAACAUGGGAAGAUGAGUUUCUUAUCGUGCACUGAGAAUUGAACAUCAGCGCAGGUCCGUGUCCCAGUUUCCCCAUUCCACUCUACAUUUCCACUUUUUCUUGCCCUAGCUUCUAAGAACAGAUAAAAGGCACGAGUGUCACCUUCUUAACAUGCAGCUUUAAAACAGUCAUUCAGAUUCCUUUAUUUACUUUGUUAAGUGUUGUUUUUAAGCAUGCACAAAUAUAGUAGUGCUAUAGGUUAAUCCAAAAAGUUGGCUACAGGUACAUGGUGUCGGUGUCCAGAUCAGUAAGUCAAAGUAACAAGCAACAAUGAUACAAGUCAUUGGUAUGUGUGUUUCAUUCAUUCACUAAUCAGCAUUUUCAGUAAAUCUCCAAAUAAAAAUGCCUAUACAUGUAAAUACCUCAUGGUAAGGAAAUUUAAAGAAAGUACAUCAACAUUAACACCAAUAUUAACCUUUUUUUUAUAUACUAUUCUAUAUUGUUAUAUAUUCUUUCAGAUUCUUCAGUUAGAAUUUCUCCUACUUGUUUGCUUUACUGGUGCAGGUGUCUCCCCUUUCUGCAUGAACCACCCCAAGGUAAACAUGUGCACAGCAAACAGCAAACAAGAUCUUUUGAUUUAGAUUCUGAUUUACUGAUAUUGAAUCUGACAGUUAUUUGGCAUGUGCAUUUAUUUUGUGGGAUGGGCAAAAGUGUUUCUACACACGUAAGUGAAUGAGCCCCAGCGUCCUUUUUUUUCCUACUCAGCUGCUGAGUGCAUUACCCACAAUGCACUUUGAACACCAAACAUUCUCUGAGUGAUUCUUGUGGGUUAUGCUAUCGUAGCCUUGAGUUGCUAGGCGCACGCAGACGAGAAGCAGGCUCCAGAGAUCGAGUAGACUCAAUUCUUUCUAGCUUCACUUGAAACUGUUUAUCAGAUUUAGUACAGCUCGCUCUGGAGCCACAAAAGGCUUUGUGAACCUGUUUUCACUUAUGUAAAAAAAAUUAAUAAAUAAAUAAUAAAAAAAAUAAUAAAUAUAUAUAGAUAUAUAUAUAUAUAUAUUCUUGAAAUCUACCAGUUUGGAUUCUCUAAAAAAAGUCAUAAAAAUCUAGCAGUUUUUUUCUUUUCCUUCUUAUUCCCCUGCUUUGGGAAAUUAAUCACUACACCUGGGCACGUUUGAUAAAUGUAACAGCUCACUUUUAUAACAACUGCAUUUCAUCCACUGGCUGUGUUCUAGUUCAAGUUAGGCUUGCUAUUGUGCAACAGCGCCUCAGCGGCAUUGUUUGCUCACACACCUGAGUGGAACAGAGUCAUUGUUACUGUUAAUAAUUACCAGCUGUGCUUUUUCCCACAAUAACAAAUCAAAGUGUCCACUGUGAGAAACGCUGCUCUAUAAGCAGAAGCUCUGCCUGACUGUUAGACACACACACAGACAUAAUUACAUUACACCAGAUAAUGGCUAAUGUGACCCAAAAAGGGGGUAUUUAGCAGAAAAGAGAGGCCAGUUAUUUGCUCGUCUGUACAGCAGUUGGACUGAUGAAGAUAAUUCCUGUUGCACUCUGUACCGGUCAUUGCUUUUAAUCGUGUUGGUUUUUUGGGGGGACUGUAACUGUACAGAUUCUUCAGUUAAACAUGUGUCAUAGCUGCCUCCCCGGUCCAUGUUUCAGUUUGAACUGACCAUAAAUGUUUCCUGUGUUGAUGCACAUGAUUCUUUUUAAAUAUAUGUAAAGAAAUACUUGGAUUUGCUGCUUAAAGAGGUUGUGUAGUGGAAAAAAGAUGCAAACCCAGUUAACCUGGUGUGUAGGUUGUAAGAUCUGCUUUGCCUUAUUAAAUUAAUGCUCUUUAAACUUAUUGUGAACCGGUCUAAAACACGUUGAUUGUAAUUAUUUUGUAAAAGGGCAGACGUAUUGAAGAUACAAUGUAGAAUGUCAUUUAUUAGAUUUGUAAAGUUUUAUUUGUGUCAAAUGCAUUUCAUGAAAUGUAUUUUGCAUUUGAUGUGAUUGUAUGUAGAGUUAAUUAAAAAGGAAGAGCGGUCACAUAAACAUCUAUUAUACAUCCCAAAUUGAAAUUAUAAACACUGGAAAAAAGAACAUUUGACAUAAUUGCAUUACAUCGGGACUAGAGAUAUUUUAAAUACAGAUAAAAAAAUAAUAAAAAAAUAAAAAGAUUCUAUUGAAUACUUGGGAGAAACAUUUCCAUUUUGAUCAUACUAAAUAGCUAAAAAUAGUAGAAAAUUGCGUUUGUUUGUCAUGUUUUAAGUUUCACUUUUAUUUACUAUUACACAUGUUUUAAUGUCUUUCAUAAACUCCUAAAUUAUGUAUGAUAUAUGGCUAGCUUGUGUAUGGUGUGCUGUAAAGUUUAGGUAAGAGUGUAAAAUGGUGCGUCUCCCAUGUUUAUUUGUGAACACUAUUCUUUUUAUUUAGGAUUAUUCACUAUACAACAUCACAUUUUUUUCUCUAUGUAUUCACAAUUUUUCUGGAUAUAAUUUUAAAUAAGUGCAUCUUACAUGAGACUCCCUUUAUUUAUUCUCACUAUUGUUGCUGGAAUAUCCCAUUAUGAUGUCCCAAAUUGAUAUUUAAGAAACAAAAUCCCUGCUCUUAAAUUUAUGAUCGUACUUUGUCUUUAACUGAAUCUACGAUUUCUUCAUUCAGUAAUGUAAUACCAUUGUAUUAAUAUAUUAUUAUCUCUGUGAGAUGACAAAAA